GGAGACGAAGUACAGACAGGUUUUGCUCAAGAGAUCGGGCCUCGAAAUUCGGUAGCUUCAGCAACUUCCCGACGGUCACCCGCUGAGAGCUCCCAACCCCAGCUCGCAACCUCUCCCACAUCAUCCGUUCUCUAAAUCCUCCACAACCACCCGCUGACACUAUGGCUGACCAACGCGUGAACGUCCAUAUCCCAUCCCACCCGCCGGUGCUUGACAGCGUGCGGCUCCAGAACAUCCAGUUGACGCUUCCUGCAGCCCCCGACCCGUGGCACCGCCCCAGCAAGCCGCAGCCCUGCAGCGCAUCACUGAACCUAUCCUACUCAUCCGCAGUGGCCGCCGCCAUCGCGGACGAUGUCUCUCUAUCCCUAGACUACGGAAAACUCUAUCGCCGCCUCGAGGAAGAUAUUCGCAACAUGGGCCGAUCAAGCGACGCAUCGGGGCAGCAGAUGAUCAGCAUCGACGGCAGCCGACGGGACGAGAUGCUGGGGGCUGCUCUCGGGGAAGACGUGCGGCUGACGGCGGGGAUCGUCGCGAAUUGCGGGCUGGGCCUCCUCGACGAGACCGCCGCCGGGGUGCGUCGCAUGUCACAUGUGCACGAUACUCGGCGCCGGAGCAGUGCGUCGGCGGGCUCCCAGGCGCAGGCCCAAGCGGCCAUCUUCAGUCCGUCCGCCGCUCCGCCGAUUGAUGGCGUGUUCGGUCAGUGUGAGGUCUCGUUGCAUCUGCCCAAGGCGCUGCUCCGAGCGGAGGAAGGCCUCAAGUACCGCAGCGUGACCGUGUGGGGAUACCGACAGCGCAACGGGCCGGCUGCUGUGGACAGCCUUGGAGAAUCAGAGCGGUGCCCCGUGGUGCUGGAGGAGGAGUUCCGGAUUGAUGGGAUCCGCUGCUAUUGUAUUCUGGGGGUCAACUCUCAUGAGAGGGUGGAGAAGCAGGCGGUGAUUGUCUCGUUGGAGUUCAAGGGCCCCGGCCAGCUGCCCUGGGGCUCCACGGUGGUGAAUACCUACCAGGCUAUGACCCGGGCUGUCGCAGAGCGAGUCGAGGCGACGACUUUCCAGACUGUCGAAGCUUUGGCCACUUUUGUGGCGCGCAUUGUGACGGUGGAGUUUGGCAAUGAACGAGUCACUGUGCUGGUUCAGAAGCCCAGCGCCCUGUCAUUUGUAGAACGAUCUGGGGUGCAGAUUACCCGGUCGCAGUCUUUUUUUGAGUAGGCUGGAUAUAUGCUAGGCUUUUGGUUUGGGUGUUUGUGCGUUCUUGGAUAUAGCCACAUGACAGUAGGUAAACAAG